AUCACAUGAACAGGUGGUUAGCUGAUGCCUCAACUAUUGUCAUUCAAAUGACUUCUACGUAUAGAAACUUGACGAAGGGAAUUUCUUCCUCUUUUUGUGCAGGACCUCCAACUCGGCGAGCUACACCACCGAAGUCAAGUUGAAACGCCAAGUUGACUAAAAUGUUGUUUGUCCUCUUGUACAGCUGCGCUUUUUUGGCCAUUGGAGGCCAUGGCCAGAGCGUUCUGCCUAAUUAUCCAUGGCCUGUGUACCACCAGAGGUACCUACAGACGGGGUUCUGUGAAUAUUCCUUCUUGAUUUCGGCACAGAACAGCGACGGAGUCUGCCUGCUGCCAGCAAACAUUUCAACAAGGUUGCAGGAAAUUGAGAGAGACAGGACCUUGGAAAAACAACGUACGAAACACAUGUCUACAAGUCUUGGAGAACUGACCGAACAAGUACACAGCCUGACUUUGGAAGUCAACAACACAGGCACCGAGCUGACGAAACUGGCAGAGGAUCAGGCUGAGGGCAGCGUGCGUGACGAGGACAUGGCGAGAGAGCUUGCCAACGUCACGCACGCCACAGAGUCAACACGUAAGCAGAUACAGGAGAUCGAGUUACUGCAGAGAGAACAGAGUGCUACGAGCCUAGAGCUGCAACAGACCAUCGAACAGCAAAAUCAAACCAUCGACGAACUGAAGAGCAUUGUCCACGAGCUGAAGAACCUCGUUGAACAGCAGACUGAUACCAUCAGCCAGUACGAGACCAGGUUAUCUCGUCUGGAAUCAGAUACAACAACAACAGCAACAGGUGGUCCGGCUGUUGCCUUCUCUGCGUCCAGAACAAUCCCUCUCGGACCAGUCUUCAGUCAUACAAGGGUAGUCUUUGACCACGUGUAUGUCAACAUUGGAAACAGCUACAACCCCGAUGAUGGGAUUUUCACAUGCAACACAGCAGGCGCUUACAUGUUCACAUACUUCAUGUACAAAGCUAUCGAAGUGCCCCAAAUGGCAGUUUAUCUGGUGUUGAAUAACACGAUCCAAACGGCUGUUUUUGAAAAUAAUCUUAAAAUGGAUGAUGAGUCCCAUUACAGUGCAGACAUGUCUGGUAACAGUCUUAUUCUUCAACUCUCAGUCGGGGACACGGUAUCUGUUGUGCUGAGAAGGAAUGAUUACAUCUAUUCUAAUAACCUCGACAAAUAUUGCACCUUCUCUGGGUUUCUUCUGAAAUAAGUCUGAGAUGAACUGAGAAAUCAUAUACGAAAUGAUUUAAGAUUUAAAAAAAUCACCUACAUAUCAUGAUUCAAGUUUUGAAAGGCUCGGUUCGAGCCA